AUGAUAGGUAAAAAUAUUCUACAUGAUUAAGCUGCAAAUAAAGAAAGAUAAAAAAUUGUGACGAUUAGCCUAGAUAAUAGACAAAAAGAAUUUUUGAAAAACGUAUGGGGCUUGUAAAAUUCACUUGACAAGGUAUUUGAUAAACAUUGCUUACAAAAAUAUGAAUAGUUAAUAAAAUAUUAAUAAGAAUUAGCAAAAUAAGAAGAGUGUAAGAAUUAUAUCUUAGGAAUUCAUAAUUAUAGAGUAGAUAAAAAUAAAAAAUAAAUUACGAUCAUUUAUAAUUGUAGUGAAGAUGCAAAAUCAUUAUUAGAUUUAUAUUUUUGUCGUGAUAAGGAUAAAUCUUAAUAAGAUACUGAAUUAUAAAAAUUAAAUACUUAUGAUUAAAAAUCUGAGAUCUUUAAUUAAUUAAUUCAAUUAUCAGAGUUUUUAAAAAAAAAUAAUAGAAUCAUUCAUAACAAUAUUAAACCAUCUAAUAUCAUUUUUGAUAAUAAUUAAUUAUAUCUCACCGAUUUUGGAUACAAUGAAUCUGAUAAAAAUCCAUUUAUUUUUAAAGAGUGUUUAAAUUUGAUGAGAAGUAGUAUUAGCUAAAAGGAAAAAGAAGAAUUAUAUCCUUAUUUAUAUAGUAACUCAUUAGAGGCAAUGUAAUAUGGAUAACUAGAAAAGGGAAAUAAAUUAAAAAAAAAAACUGAAGAAGAAGCACAAAGUUAAGAUCAACUUGCAUUAAGAGUUAUGAUGUUAGGAAUAUUUUAUACUUAUUAAUUUGGAACAGAAGUGAAAGACUAUAUAUAAUUUAAUAAACCAGCUAAUAAAAUGGAAUAGAUAUCUAACUUAAAACAUUUUAAAGAUAACUUAAAACCUGAUGAAGUUGGCUCAGCAGAUAAAAUCAUUGCAAUAAUAUAAGAAAUACUCAAAGAAAGGUUUUCUAUUUAUAAUUAAUUACCUCCUGAUUUCCCUAGAACAUUAUCAAUUUUUAAAUAUAAAAUUAAUAAAUCAAAAUUAAUGAAAAAGGAAAUAUAUGAAUAAGCUUAAGGUUGUUUAUAAGAUAAUAAUAAUGAAUUUGAUUUAAAUCUUUUAUAUUAUUUAAGUCAAAAAGAUCUUAUGCAUAAGUCUCAAAAUAUAAGAGAGAAUUCUUCGGAUAAUUUUUAAAAAAAGUUAAAAGAAAAGAUUAAUAAGCUAUUAAAAAUCUAUAAAAAUUUAGAUAAAUUGGAAAUUUAAAAUUUUGAUAAUGAUCUUAACAUAGAAGAUUAAGUUAUUGCUCUAAUUUAUUUAGAUUAGAAGAUAGAAGAUUUUAAAUUAAUGAAAUAUUAUGAUGAAGUGGAAACUAAAAAAUUAUUAGAAUAUUAUAAAUUAAAAGCGAAAUGUGAAAAAUUUUAUUAAGCAAUAGAUAAUACACCUGUUGAUAAUUUCAAAUUUAAUAAUAUCUAAAAUUUAUAAUAAGAAUCAUAAAUAAAUUAAAAUAUAAAUGAAAAUUAAUAGGAAAUAAUAUUAUUAAAUAAUAUAUCUGCAUAAACAUUUGAAUUUAAUUAUAAUUAAAAUUUAAAAUAAGCAUCGACACUACCAUAAAAUAAUAAAUCUCCAUAGGCAUUGGAAUUAAAUUAUAAUUAACAUUAUAAAUAAGCAUCAACACUAAAUGAAAAUAUAUAUGAAAACUAAUUAGAAAUACCAUUUAAUGAUACAUCUCCAUAGGAAUUUUAAACUAACUAUGUAUAACAUUUUAAAUAAGAACCAUUAAUAAAUGAAAAUACAAAUGAAAACUAAUUAGUAAUACAAUUGUAAAAUCAAGAAUAAAUAUAAAUCAUAGAAAAUUCUUAAUAAAUAAUACAAGAAUAAUUUUUUGCAACAUUAUAAGAAGUGCUUGAAGAUUUACCUGAAAAACCAAACUAUAUGAAAAAACGAAUAUUAAAAUAUUAUUUAAUAUAAAAUUAUUUUGAAGAAGGUUAUUAAUUUGAUUAAGUGAACGAUUCUGGAGAUAAAAUUCAAAUUAAAAUUAAAAAUCUUUCUUUAAAUAUUAUUUAAACAAUAUAGUUAAUAAAUGAAAAUGUUAUAAUCCAUGAAAUUGAGAGUAAAUAAUAUUAGAAAAAAAUUAGCAAAUAAUUUUAAGUUCUUAAUUUUCCUAGGAAGUUCGAACCCUUUGAGUAUUUUAUAUUUGAACUAACUCAAUAGAGUAAAAUUUCUGAUUCAAAAAUUGAUUUUACAAAUUUCAAAAAGAAUAUCACAUAUACAGGUUAAUAUGAUAUUGAUUUAUACAACUAAUCUAAAGAAAUUUAAUUCAAAAACUAAGGUACUCUUGAAAUCUUAGAUAAAAAUUAACUUACUCCUGGAGAAGUUUGUAAAAUAUAAGGAAAUUUUAAAAUGAAUAAAGCAAAUGGAAAAGGUAUCAAAACAUAUUUUUAUUAUCCAAAUCAAAGACAAAAAAUAUAUUGUGUAGGUCAAUAUAAGAAUGGAUAGAUGAAAGGCUUGUAAACUUAUUAUGAAAAAUACCCUGAAAACGCUGAAACUAGGAUUAAAAGUACAUAUCACUUUAAUUGUUUUNAGGCAUUGGAAUUAAAUUAUAAUUAACAUUAUAAAUAAGCAUCAACACUAAAUGAAAAUAUAUAUGAAAACUAAUUAGAAAUACCAUUUAAUGAUACAUCUCCAUAGGAAUUUUAAACUAACUAUGUAUAACAUUUUUAAUAAGAACCAUUAAUAAAUGAAAAUACAAAUGAAAACUAAUUAGUAAUACAAUUGUAAAAUCAAGAAUAAAUUUAAAACAUACCCCUUUAAGAACAAUAACAAUAACCAAUUUAAGAAAAUUCUUAAUAAAUAAUACAAGAAUAAUUUUUUGCAACAUUAUAAGAAGCGCUUGAAGAUUUACCUGAAAAACCAAACUAUAUGAAAAAACGAAUAUUAAAAUAUUAUUUAAUAUAAAAUUAUUUUGAAGAAGGUUAUUAAUUUGAUUAAGUGAACGAUUCUGGAGAUAAAAUUCAAAUUAAAAUUAAAAAUCUUUCUUUAAAUAUUAUUUAAACAAUAUAGUUAAUAAAAGAAAAUGUUAUAAUCCAUGAAAUUGAGAGUAAAUAAUAUUAGAAAACAAUUAGCAAAUAAUAUUAAGUUCUUAAAUUUACUAGGCAUUUCGAACCCUUUGAGUAUUUUAUAUUUGAACUAACUCAAUAGAGUAAAAUUUCUGAUUCAAAAAUUGAUUUUACAAAUUUCAAAAAGAAUAUCACAUAUACAGGUUAAUAUGAUAUUGAUUUAUACAACUAAUCUAAAGAAAUUUAAUUCAAAAACUAAGGUACUCUUGAAAUCUUAGAUAAAAAUUAACUUACUCCUGGAGAAGUUUGUAAAAUAUAAGGAAAUUUUACAAUGAAUAAAGCAGAUGGAAUAGGUAUCAAAACAUAUUUUUAUUAUCCAAAUCAAAGACAAAAAAUAUAUUGUGUAGGUCAAUAUAAGAAUGGAUAGAUGAAAGGCUUGUAAACUUAUUAUGAAAAUUACCCUGAAAACGAUGAAACUAGGAUUAAAAGUACAUAUCACUUUAAUUUUUUUAACUGGUUUUAAAUAUAAUUAAAUUGA